AUGUCGACGUCAAGAGAGCUUAUUCAGCAGCUUCUUUCAACCUGCCAGAGAUGUAGGCGUUUGAGGAGAAAAUGCGAUACGCUACUGCCGGACUGCAGGCUGUGCCGCAAGGCUGGCGUAGAGUGUUAUCACUUCGACCACGCACUACAGCAAUCACUACCGCGAGCUUACGUCCAUUCUCUCCUUGCCCGUUUGGAGCAUCUCGAGGCUGUAAAACGCACUAUCGAUGGAUCUUCUGACCAGCAGGAUGUUCCCCGCCCUGUGCUGCCCAAUACUCCAACAUCAGACCACCCCUUUCCCCACCCACCCCCAUCCCAACCCUCUCAGGUGGAUAAUCGAGAGCGUGUUCCCCAAAGCGUCCAGUAUGACCCAUACUUGAAGCGCGAUCAGACAGACACGUUCGAUAAACAUUUCAUCAUCCCGUCAGCCGCUGGCAGAUCACGUUUCUUCGGCGCGAGCUCCGUAUUCACCAUCUCUGUCGAACUCUUCCGUCAUGCCAUAACGACUGGUCUCCUUCCAGAAGGCUCCUUGGAUCUUCCCAUAUCACGAUAUAAUGAUAAGGAAGAAUGUGCGGAUACUUUGGCCAUACGCUUCAACCACCAAGCUCAAGCCGAGUCCGUAAGGGAAUUGUGCAGAUUCUAUUUUGUCACCUCGAACGUUCUGUAUGGAUUCGUGGAUGAACAUCUAGCGGCAAAUGACGUCGAAGUGUAUCUUGAUCUAAGAGGUAAUCCUCUUCUCAAUCCACAAGAUCUACGAGGUGUGGAAGCGCAUCAGUACUUUCGGGUGAGUAUGAUGUGUGCUAUCUCAUGCUCCACCCAGGCUCGACAUCGACACAGGCGGCUUGUAGAGGGCAUGGCAUACUACAAAAACGCUCUAGAUUGUGUCGAGGAAGUCACUUCGGAAGUGACACCAGCAUCCCUACAGGCCCUGCUUCUCCUUUCUAUCUUCUGCCUCUUCCAACCCCGAAAGGGUGAUAUCUGGAAACUGCUUGACUACGCAUGCAGGCUAAGCGUAGAGCUGGGUUACCAUACCGAGCAGCAAGUGGAAGUAGAGACUGAGGCACAAAAGAGGCUACGUCGGUCGACAUUUUGGGGACUCUAUGCAAUCGAACGAAUUGUCGGCCAGCUCUUCGGGCGUGGUUCUGACCUCCCCGAACCUAUCAUUACGACUGAAUACCCUCGCAGUCUUUCCGCUAUCGACAGCAUGGAUCAAGCCUCUGUACAGCCGAUAUCAAUCGCACAUCAUUACAGGCUAGUUUAUCUGCGGUCUGAGAUAUUCCGGGAUCUUUAUAUGCCCGCGGACCCUCCUCAAUUCGAAUUUGACUGGUAUCGCGAUCGUUUCAGUACGCUUCACCUUUGGCGACAAGAGCAUCUAGUCUCCGACGAUGAUUUGGCAGGACCUGGAACUAUUAGCUGCGACGUCGGCUAUAAUUCCACGAUUUGCUUCUUGUUCCAGCCACUCUUGCUUGUCGCAAUUCGAACUACGACAAUGAAUCGAAAUGACUCGUCGACGGACUUCAAAGCGGUACCGCAGGAUAAUUACUGGUCAGCUUGUGCAUUGAUCCGAACAUAUGAGAAAGUUAUUCGCGCUCCCGAAAAGUCAAUAUUGGGCGCGUAUCCAAUGACGUUUCUCUCCGCACACUAUAUCUACCUUGCUGGCAUUACAUUAAUGGCUCAUGCUCUUCUUGCGAUUGACAGCAGAGUGCCGAUCUUGAAACCAAUGCUACAGCUUGGAGAGACACCAGAAAUUGGCUCGCUGGACCUCACUAACUUCUACGAGAUCUCGAACUCUUGCCUAAUAUUGCUGUCCUUUUGUGCAGAAAGAUGGACGGGAAUGGAGGGAAUGCUUUAUUCAUUCAAGAAGCUUUCCGACAAAAUCAUCCCAGCCCUUCUCAGAAGACAACCCUGA